CCCUUUCCCACCCUGGCAGGAUGGCUCUCGGCAGCGGCCAGCACAGAAGAAGAAGACAGUGUCCUUCAGCUCCAUGCCCAAUGACCGCAAGAUCAACAGCACAGCUGCCUGCAUCUCCCUCAUGCUGGAGGGCUGUGAGCUGAAGAAGGUGCGCUCCAACUCCCGCAUGUACAGCCGCUUCUUCGUGCUGGACGCCGACAUGCGCUCCGUGCGCUGGGAGCCCUCCAAGAAGGACUCAGAGAAGGCCAAGAUCGAGAUCAAAUCGGUCAAAGAGGUGCGUGUGGGCAAGAAGACACCUGUCCUGCGCAGCAAUGGCCUCUCCGACCAGUUCCCAGACGAGUGCGCCUUCUCCAUCAUCUAUGGAGACAACUACGAGUCCCUGGACCUGGUGGCCAGCUCAGCAGAUGUGGUGAGUGCCUGGGUGAUGGGGCUGCGCUAUCUGGUGUCCUAUGGAAAGCACAGCCCUGAGGCACCUGGGACUGGCCACCCCAGCCUCCGGACAUCCUGGAUCUCCUCUGUCUUUGACCUUGCUGACCUGGAGAAGUCUGGCCGCAUCCCUGUGUCCCGGGCUGUGCAGCUGAUCAAAGCACUCAACCCUGGCAUGAAGACCUCCACCAUUGAGCUGAAGUUCAAGGAACUGCAGAAGGCCAGCGAGCGUCCUGGAACGGAGGUGGCCUGUGACCUCUUCGUGGAGGCAUACUGUGAGCUCUGCACCCGCCCUGAGAUCUUCUUCCUGCUGGUCCAGUUCUCCAGCAACAAGGAAUACCUGGGUGUGAAGGACCUGCUGAUGUUCCUGGAGGUGGAGCAGGGCAUGGAGGGGGUGACAGAGGAGAAGUGCUUGGAGAUCGUCAGCAAGUAUGAACCCUCCAAGGAGGGCCGGGAGAAGGGCUACCUGGCCAUCGACGGCUUCACACGUUACCUGCUCUCUGCUGACUGCUCCAUCUUUGACCCGCAGCACCGCAAGGUCUGCCAGGACAUGGCGCAGCCCCUCUCCCACUACUACAUCAGCUCUGCCCACAGCGCCUGCCUGCUGGAGGACAACUUCUGGGGCCGCUCAGACAUCAGUGGCUACAUCAGUGCCCUGGGCCUGGGCUGCCGCAGCAUCGAGCUGGUGCUGUGGGACGGCCCCGAGGGUGAGCCCGUGGUGUACACCAGCCCCUCAGCUGCCUCCUGUGUGCCCUUCCGUGCCGUGGUGGGGCUGAUUGACCAGCACGCCUUCACUGCCUCCGCCUACCCCCUGAUCCUCUGCCUGGUGGUGCGCUGCUCGGCCCCCCAGCAGCGACUCGCUGCUCAGUGCCUGCGCAAGACGCUGGGGGAGAAGCUGUACCUGGAGCCCCCCAACCCCGUGGCGUCCUACCUGCCGUCCCCGGAGGAGCUCAAGGGCCGCAUCCUCAUCAAGGGCAAGAAGCUGCCGCCCACCUGCGAGGACAGCGAGGGGGAGGUGUCGGACGAGGAGGAAGGCUGGGAGCUGGCGCGGCGACUGGGCCAGGAGGACCGGGAGGCACCGGAGGGAGGUGGCCUGCGGCGGGUGCGCCUCAGCCGUGAGCUCUCGGAGCUGGUGAGCCUCUGCCAGGCUGUCCCCUUCCAGGACUUUGAGAGCUCGAGACGUGGGCAACGCUACUGGGAGAUGUGCUCCUUCAGCGAGGUGGAGGCGGGACGCUUCGCCAACGAGUGCCCGGCUGAGCUGGUCAGCUACAACAAGCGGUUCCUCUCCCGCAUCUACCCCAGCCCCAUGCGCAUCGAUGCCAGCAACAUGAACCCCCAGGAUUUCUGGAAGUGCGGCUGCCAGAUGGUGGCUAUGAACUACCAGACACCAGGGCUCAUGAUGGACCUGAAUGCGGGCUGGUUCCGGCAGAACGGGGCCUGUGGCUACGUCCUCCGCCCGGCCAUCAUGCGGGAGGAGGUCUCCUACUUCAGUGCCAACGCCAAGGACUCCCUGCCUGGGGUGCCUGCCCAGCUCCUGCACCUCAAGGUCAUCAGUGGGCAGAACCUGCCCAAGCCCAAGGGCUCGGGGGCCAAGGGGGAGGUUGUGGAGCCCUAUGUCUGUGCUGAAAUCCAUGGCAUCCCGGCCGACUGUGCUGAGCACCGCACCAAGACAGCCCUGCAGAGCGGGGACAACCCCAUCUUCGACGAGAGCCUGGAGUUCCAGAUCAACCUGCCGGAGCUGGCCGUCCUGCGCUUCGUUGUGCUGGACGAUGACUACAUUGGGGAUGAGUUCAUUGCCCAGUACACCAUCCCCUUCGAGUGCCUGCAGCCUGGCUACCGCCAUGUCCCCCUCCAGUCGCUGGCCGGGGAGCCCCUGCCCCACGCCACCCUCUUUGUGCAUGUGGCCAUCACUGACCGCCGUGGUGGGGGCAAGGGGCACCGCCGGGGGCUGGCGGGGCGCCGGGGCCGCCGAGUGCGGGAGUACACUUCCACCAAGGCCACUGGCAUCAAAGCCAUCGAUGAAGUCUUCCGGACGGCCACCCAGCCGCUGCGGGAGGCCACUGACCUGCGGGAGAAUGUACAGAAUGCGUUGGUCUCCUUCAAGGAGCUGUGUGGGCUGACACCCGCUGCUAAUAUGAAGCAGUGCAUCCUGACGGUGUCCACGUGGCUGCUGCACAGUGACAGCGCACCCAGUGUCACCCUCAACCUGGCAGAGCAGUACCCCCCCAUGGAGGCCCAGGGCCCCAUCCCUGACCUGCUGCGCAAGGUCCUCACUGCCUACGAGACGAUGAUCCAGACUAGCCGGACGCUGAUCGAGUCUGCCGACGCCGUGUACGGGAAGCUCAUCCAGGCACAGCAGGCAGGGAUGGAUUUCCACAAGGAGCUGCACCGCAUCGAGGCCAAGGAAGGGCUGAGGGGGCACAAGCUGCAGAAGGCGCUGGAGAGCUUCGCCUGGAACAUCACCGUCCUCAAGGGCCAGGCUGACCUCCUCAAGCAUGCCAAGGCGGAGGCACUGGACAACCUGUGGCAGAUCCACAACGCGGGGCAGUCCUGCGGCAUCGGCAGGAACGGAUCAGCCUCGCCGGAACCCUCUCGGCUGCAAGCUCCGCUGGAGCCCAUCCCUGAGACAGACGGAGGUGGCGACACAGCGUCCUGCUGACCCCGGUCUGGGGCUCGGGGCCCGGACUGAGCACCCCUGGCCGCAGGGGCCGGGAGCAGGGAGCCCCAGCCUGCCCGGGGAAUGUGUGUGAGGCUGGGUGCCUGUGCUCUGCCGUGUUGAGGGACUUGCACCAGAAUUCAGUGUAGAGGUUGGGGAGAGAUGUCCCUGCUCCCUUCUGCCCCACCAAGCUCCCAGAGGACUCAUCCAUCCCCUCCAUCUGCUUCUGGAGCCAGUACUCUGCCGAGGGGCCAGUGGGAUGCUGGUACCCCAGUUCCCAUGUGCAUGUACCCAGCCUGCUGUGCCAGAUGCCACGUGGAAAAGCAGCCCCAGGUCUGGAGUUCUGCCCACCCUCUCCAGGGAUGCAGGUUUGGCCUUCACCAGCCCUGGGGAAAACCUGGCUGGGGCUGGAAGGAUCCUGACUGGUCCUGUCACCUCCAUAGCAUCCCUGGGGUCCCCACUAUACAGAGGAGCUGAGAGGUUCUCUGGUGCAGCAGAUGUGGGGUCAGAGUGUCCCCGUGGCUUCUGGCAUCAGGGAAAUGUUUGGGUUCAACCCCCAGGGCAAGGGAUUUGAGCACAAGCAAAGGCUGGAGGUGGUCUGGGGUCAGGCGGGGGCUGUGCAGUGUUAUAAAGAGUGCAAGACCGUC